CUUCCACUGAAGAAGAUAUCAUUCCUGAAAACACUUCAAUUGGGUACACAGUCCUCACUUUCUUCCUUGCCCUCACAAAAUGAAAACCAUCAUCGUCUUCCUCGCCCUUGUGGCCGUCGCACUUGGCCAGUGCGUUCGCGAUGACAGCAACGGACAACCAGCCUGCAAUACCGUCGAACUGGCGCAAGGACGCUGGCGCAACAACUGGGAUCCCACCGCCUACUGGCAGUGCACGACGUUGAACACCCCAGCCACACCCCAACGCUGCCCGACCGAGGGAAUGUUCGAUUCCGCCACGCUGACUUGCAUCCGCUGGGACCAGUGGGUCUGGACCGAAACCUGCAAGCCACCGAGCGCGCUUUGAGAGGUGCAGACUGCCACGCACUUACCUUCUGUGGAAUAGUGACACAUGGAUGAAUAAAUUUAAGCUUCAUAAUGAUUCAGGCUGUGUUCGAGAAAUAGCCGCGAUGUUCACCGGAACUACCCAAUGCAUUGAAACGUUAAUUGAGAGAAAUAAAAAUCUCCGUAGAUUCCAACGAGAGUGAAGUAUA